AUGCCGCUGAUAACCAUAGUCUCUGGCAACUCAAUGCUCUACUUCCUCGUCUCGAACCUUAUGACGGGUUCGCUGAACCUCUUGAUCGACACGCUGGAGCUGGGAGAUCUUCGCCCAGUCUGGUUGAGCAACGCUUGUCAGUUCUGCCUCUUGACUGCCUAUGUGGUCAUCUCGCCUUUGGCGACUGACUUCCUGCGCCGCCGGGUCUUGGGUAUCCUCCCCUAG